UUGGACCCUACUAGAUCAUUAACUCAUUAAUCUCCACAGAAUAUGAGGAUAAGAGUGUGUCCCCAUCCAGAGGGUUCAGCCAGACGGAUGCCAUAACCCUUCCAUUGACCUAGUGGCACGUCCAUACUCAAUAAGUAGGGGUGGCCAAGGACUGGCAAAGAACCAGUGCACAACAAAGAGCAUACCUGUACAGAGGAUGUAACCAUGACGAUAUUAACUUCAUUAAUUUAUUUGCCUGAUUUAGUACGGGUAUCUCAGGAUUGCCAAUCAUAUGUUGUGCCAUCCCAGGCACGCAGCUGGUCAGACUGGGGCAUAGCCCAUGGGGGGGGGGGGGGGUUGCUUCUGGCUGGUUUUAUCGUGAAGGACCGAACGAAUUUGCUUGGCACAUCUCGUCUUGCAUGCCUUACAGAAGUGAAGCUAAGUAGUCUAAACCAGUGUCCAGAUUAGGCGGCGGGGCUAAGAAUGUCUCUCAUCGUGAUGCCUUUAAGUGGUUUAACCUAUGGGAGCAGAGAGUUGCCCCUCUGAGCAGUGGGACUCCUGGAAGGGACUGGGAGCCAAGAGUAGCGGUAGAGUGAUACAGCACACCGGUUUCAUGCCAAUGCUUGUAAUCCAGUCCAUCAUAGUCAUUAUGGACGGGACUCUUAAUUAAUCAGAACUAUUCCUUUUGUUAGUUGCCCAUGACGUGGGUUAUGAUUCCCCAUAGUCCCACAGACCCCACUACCAGGAAUUAAGCCAAAAAUAUAUAUUUUAUGGGGAUUUGAACGAGCAACCUACAGGUCAUUAAUGUGUUUCUAGAGUUGGUGGAUCUCCGCUGUUUGCUUUCUGCUACACUCCUGUUUUUCGGAGUGAGUUUGGAAAUAAAUAAAUGCACGUGCAUGGAACCCAUCCAGGAUUAGCGACAGCCGACUAUUUAAAGGAGGCAGCGCGGCAGUGUUUGGACCGCAGUCUCAAGAGACCAAUGCAGCACUGCAGCAUGCAGCAAAUAUACAUGCAGAGUGAUGAGCAGUUUGAGGUCUUUACCACAGUGUUCUCUCCCAAAGUUGGCAGCUCAAGGGUGAGACUCCGACCUGCAGAUGAAGAUAAGGCGAGUACAGUGGUGGUGACCAUUCACAAUAGGGCCCAAGGUCCAGAAGAACUGGACCUGAGCCAAGGUGAUGUCAUCCAGGUUUUGGUCAAAGAGGACAAAACGUGGUGGUUUGGACGUCUACCCAACGGAAACGAGGGCUACUUCCCAUCAGCCUGUGUCGCCACAUGUGGGCCGCAGGACGGGGAAUCAGGGGAAGCCACGCCCACCCUCUUGAGGAGAGCCUCUGUGCCUGUUGUUAUGGCAACCCCGGCGUCCUGUAACCUUCCCAGUGAGGGCAAUGGGCUUGGAACGCCGAAGCUGUCCAGGAAGAACAGCAUUCGGCGUGCCCUGGCACUUGACAGCCCUUCCAUGAAGGGAGGUGGUGUUCUUCAGGGAUCCCCCAGCCUCAUCCACCGUGUCCUGGCUAAAUCCAGGAGGAAGAGCUGCCCUCACCUCCCACCAGUCUCCGCAAAGCCGGGCUCCAUCAACUCAGCUUACCUGCCUGAAUAGGAUGCCUUCAGAGAAGCAUUUAGACUCAAGCAUUAAGACUCUGAAGCCUCGAGCCCAUUUGACGUUUCAUGAGGACUGGGGAUUUUUGUCCAAAAUAGACACGCGUCCUAUUUGAAGCGAACGAAAAAAUAUAGGCACGCUGCAUUACAUUCGCUUUCCUUUAACAAAUAUCAGUGUUUCCUCUUUAAUUGUGUUUAUAACACAAUUAAAGUGAGAACCCCUGCCAGGCCAAAAAACAAUAUGUGUAAAAUGUAAUACAUGUCCUAAAUCUCAACGAGUACUAGUGCAUUCAAUUUGUAGGUCUGCGAAAGUAUCCAUCAAUGUACACAUAUGGAAAGUCAGUUUUAUCUAGGGAUGCACCAGUACCCGAUGCUGUGCUCAUGUACUCGUAAAACCUCUCCGAUACAACCACCCGAUGCCACUUUACGCAACGUGAAGUAACGUUGAAGAGCCAGUGAACCAAAAGCGUUUUUUUUCGUGCACAUUUUUCCUAUAUGAUCGUCAACAUAGUAAUCUAUGCCAUUUUAUUACAGGUAGCAAAGUAAGUCCUCAAUUUAGUGAAACAAGGUGCACUGGAGGGCUCGGUUUGUGUGGACGUGUGGAGCUCUGUCUGAGAGAAAGUUUAGCUUUUUCUGAAACUCAUUGUGUACCGCGACAGUACAGUACAGUACAGUACAGUACAGUACAGUACAGUACAGUACAACUAUAAUGUUAUCGCUAGAGUGUGUAGCGCAUUUCAUAUACAACAUCGUUGGAUAUGGAAAAUCGUUAUAACGCUUAAACACGACGAUGAUACAAAAAUAAUAAUCAUAAAGUUGCCGUUGGCCGUAACCAUGGUGAUAACACGCCAUGCGUGCAACUGUAAUGGUAUUAUUAAGUACUCACGCAGGUACUUGGUAUUGGCGAGUACCCAAAUGUAAGUGGAAUCAGUGCAACCCUAGUUGUAUCUGUGUUAUAUACAGACUGUCAAGUCCGUUGAACCUGUGUUAUAUACAGUCUAUGUGCAAUACACCCACACUAGAGCUCUACGAGCCAUGCAGUUCUUUACCUGCUUUUAACUGUUGUAGAGCUAGUGGGAUACACUUCUAAACACUAGAAGUUCUAAACACUAGAAGUUCCAUGUUCCAUUGGGAACAUUUUGAAACGUUAGACAUCUCCUGGGCAGGUAUACACUGCUCAACACAGACUCAUUCCGGUGAUCCAGUCUUGAGUUCAAUGUGUCACAUAUCACUGCAAUUCAGAGCGUGAAUAUCUGUUGAAAAUUGAAUAUCUUUCCAACGAAAUAAACGUUUAAUCCCCCAGUUAGUCAGUUACCACUAGUAGAAUAUAAUUAUGUGGGAAACACUAACAUUAUCUACAGCUGUAUAGGUAGUCGACUCACCUAUAUUCUAAAGUUAAUGUGAUGUUACAUGGGGAUUCUAGUUUGAUAUUCAACUUUUUUACCCUUUGCAAAACACAAAAGCGCCUUGAAAGGAGGGCUGAAUUCCUAAAGAUUGGUAUGUUGUAAAGACUGGAGAUUAGCCAAUAUGUAACACUCUUAGUUCGCGAGUAUCACAAACCAUUUUGAUGAUAUUAAAAAUUAACGGUUUUGAAUGUCAAGCUGUGAGGCGCUUUUCCUUCGGAUGCUUAAAAGUUAAAAAGCGCAUUCAGCGUCAGUAUGUGUUAAAUUUCAAUGUCAUUUAAAUAAAAGGAUGGUUUUUUUUUAAACAGUUUUAUUGUGAUAAGAAGCACUCUCAUGCCUCACAAACAAUGGGCGUCAUUUUGGAUUCAAUAACGCAAAUACGCACAAUACACUCCUGAUCUGAUCGUUUCUGUAUUCGAUUUUCAAUAUUCUGUCACAUUCGUCGUUAAGUCCAUAUCACCUUUAUAUUUGAUUUUUCAAUUUCAUUAGAAUGUAAUGCCAUAACGCGACUAAACGUAAUGUGAAUGUAACCUUAAACCUUAAACAACACUUGUCGGUGUACAUGAUUUCUGCCUGAGUGAAGUAAAAAAGAUUUACAAAAAUGUGAA